AUGGCGAAAAACUCGAAUGGACAGUACUCAAUCGUGAAUCUGAUCAUGGACCUAAUCUUAGUGUGCUCGAUCGUCGUUUUUCUGAAUGUACUAUUGCGCUCCCUCCCGGAAAAUUCUUUGACAGCCAAGUUGAAGCUGUUCCAGGAGCCUAUCAGCAAAUUCCAAAACAAGAUGUAUGUUUCUGAUGCGAACAAGGAUGGUUUUCAACUGGUCUCUCAGGAAGCUAAGAGACCGAUCCGAGUUGUGAUCGGAGAAAGAGAGAAGCCUCCAAAGCGCCUUGAUACGUCGUUCGUUCCCAAAAUGGUGCGUCGAGCCGUGUAUGAGCGAGCGAAACAGACGGGGUUGAUCGCCAGCUCGAUAACAGAGGAAACUAUCGAUGUUGCAAGCUUGAUUCGUUAUUCCGCGACCAUUAAGGUGUAUACAGUGAAAGGGGAGCAAGCUUACGUGAAACCUAAGAACUUUAUCCACAACGAUGCGUUCCCGUACGACAUCACUCUGCAUGUCCGUCCUUCCCACGCUGUGGCAAGGUCCCGUGAAUCUCUGCGUCUUCGCUGGUCCCUACGCCUCCUCCCACUCCACCGUCCUCGAAGCGCUCAAGUCCCUCCCUCUGAGCCAGAUGACCAUCACCGUGGUCUACAGCGACUUCUACAACGCGGUCUUCCCCGCCAAUUUCCUCCGCAACGUCGCCAUCUCGACCGUCUUCACCACGCACUUCAUCGAGAUCGAGCCCUCCAUGCUGCCCUCCGCCAAUCUCUACACGCGGCUUCGCCAGAUUCCGCUCAGCGUGCUCUACGAGCCCAUCCAUUUGGUCGCCAUUCCCGCCUUUUACGGAGAAAAGUCCGAACAAAACGCCUCUCAAACAUAGCGAUCACGAGACUCUGA